AUUUACUUUCUUGCGAAAUUACAUUUUCUCAACGUCUGCAAUCUCCCACGUCACGCCUUCCUUCUUCCCGACCCUUCGAUGAUGCUCGCCGUCUCCGCCUCUCCUCCGCUCAUCUCCGCCGCAUCUCUUUCUAAAUCCACUUCCUCUCUCUUACCUCUUCUCUCCACCACCAAAACCACUCUCCGUUUCCCCAAAACCGCUCGACACAUCUCCAUCUACAAACCCCCCAUGAAUAACCUCCUGAGUCGACUCGGGUUAGGCACUCGUCCGCAACCAGCCGACCCCUCGUCGGCGGCGAUUGCUCAGGGCCCAGAUGACGAUGUUCCGGCGCCGGGACAACAAUUCGCGCAGUUCGGGGCUGGUUGUUUCUGGGGAGUGGAGCUUGCAUACCAGAGGGUCCCUGGUGUGACGAAGACCGAGGUGGGCUAUAGUCAGGGGUUAUUGCACAACCCGACUUACGAGGAUAUUUGUACGGGUACAACGAACCACAAUGAGGUUGUUAGGGUUCAAUAUGAUCCUAAAGAAUGCAGCUACGAGACCUUGCUUGACGUUUUAUGGGUUCGCCACGACCCCACUACCUUGAAUCGCCAGGGGAAUGAUGUGGGAACCCAGUAUCGAUCAGGCAUAUACUAUUACACACCCGAGCAAGAACAGUUGGCCCGUGAAUCCAUGGAGAAACAGCAGAAGCUCUUGAACAGGAAGAUCGUGUCUGAGAUCAUUCCCGCCAAGAAAUUCUACAGAGCAGAGGAAUACCACCAACAGUACCUCGCCAAAGGUGGUCGCUUCGGGUUUAGGCAAUCCACCGAGAAAGGUUGCAAUGAUCCGAUCCGAUGUUAUGGCUAACCCACAAAGGUCAUCUCGCAAACUAUCCUCCUUUUAAGUACCUACACACAAAAAAAAUGUAAAAAACAAAAUUCAGGUUCUUGUCUCAUGGGGGGACACUAAACCGGUCUGGUUUAUAGCUCUAUAUAUUCGUCUGUCUUGUGUUCUUACCCAAUGAUGGUUUUUUUUUCUGUAUAUGCUAUAUGAAUUUGAUGCAUCUUUGAUGUUUUGAACAUCGUCUUGUCCACUAGUUGCUUGUA